CUAUAUUUUACAGGGAGUUUUGUGUCGAGGCAUCUAAGAAUAUAGUUCUUCGAAGCAUAUGUAGUCAUGGAGACAAGCAAUGGACCGGAGUAAAAGUGCAAUGAAGGUUUCUGCGACAUUACUGGUGCUUAUCCAUCUAUCUAUGAACGUUUUGGAAGAGGGGCUAGCAGUUAACCCAAGUUGUUCUUGUAUACGAUAUACAUCGACGUAUGGGAAAGAGCGAGGCACGUUCAGUAGCCCCGACUACCCUCGGCCGUACCCAGCUCAUAUCAACUGUCUACUUUACACUUUCAUCGCUGGUCCUCAUCAGAUUGUUGAACUUGUCUUUACUGACUUCGACAUCUAUAAGGAGCAUCUUGAUUGUGCUCGUGGCGAUUAUUUGAAAGUGUACUGGGAAGUGCAAGGACCUGGCCCUCCCGGUGCUAUCAACGAGAGAUCGGCGUGGGCGAGGGAGCUAUGCGGCGGCAGAUCUGAGGUGCCAUCCGCCCUCUACUCGCCCGGACAGGCAUUGGUGCUGGAGUUCCACACGGAGGCUAAACAAAACAACGCCACAGGAUUCGUUGGCACAUUUAGCUUCAUUGAUAAACGUCAAUUCGAAACAGAGGGCGUGCGAGUGCCGAGUACUGAGUGUGACUACCAGUUCAGCAGAUCCGGCAGCCGGCCGGCACACGGCAGGCUCUACAGUCCGCGAUACCCCUCAAGUUAUCCCAACAACGUGCGAUGCUCAUACCAUUUCCAUGGCAGACCAAAAGACCGCGUUAAGGUAGUCUUCGAAGAAGUUUCACUACAAAAAGGCGAUAUAAGUUGUCUACAACGUGCUGACAUCAUCAAGGUGUUUGACGGCAGAGACACGAACGCGCCAGCAAUAGCUAUGCUUUGCAAUGAGCUGUCAGGUUAUGAAGUCCUCUCGACGGGACCAUAUCUCCUUCUGCAGUUCACCGCUAAUUCCGCUACGCCGGGCCAAGGCUUCGCGGCCACUUUCCAUUUUCAACCGCCACCGGAUUCUACCGCUGCAGAUUCCGAUCGUCUGCUAAAGCUCAGCUUCGGGAAAGCUUUCGAGUCUCUGGGACCAGAAGUAAGCGCCACAAGUACAAAUUUUAAAUUACAUCUCAUUAAAUUGGUCCCAUAA